ACAUUCAUUCAUACCUUAUACUUCCUCAACCUUGUUUGACAACAAACAUACAUGUGAUUAUUAAUUUUGACAACAAAACAAUGUUUGAAAUAAUUAAUUGUUAACAAAAAUAUAGAUUUUUAUUAGGUUGAAUCAUUAAAAUAAAUAAGAUGCCACCAAAAUCAAAAAAGUUACCUGCAAAAGUAGAGCAAAAUUCAAAAGCUCUAAGCAGUACUCUAAGUACAAUAUCCUCAGAAUCUACAAGAAGUGGACUUACAAUUGAGGCUGAAGACAGAUUUGAAGUAGAACUCCUUUGGUGUAUUCAACAAUUACAAACUCUUCUAAUAGAUGGAAAAAUGACGGAUAAACAAUUAUAUAUUGCUAGUAAAAAUCUCAAUACUUUAAAAAGUAAUUCUGCUUCAUUGAUAAAAAAGCGACAAAUUAUGAGAAAUACAUUUGGUGAUUAUAGGGCAAAAAUGUCAGAAGAUGAAAAAAAAUAUAAAAAAUCAAACUCUACUAUAAAAUUCACAUCUCCAACAUCAACAAAAAAUAAUUCUACAUUUUUAAAAAAAUCACAUAUAAAGCCUAUUUCAGAUUCUAAUUUAGAUAACGAAUCUCAAAAAUCCACCAUUUCAACAAGUAGUUUAUUUAAUUCUGAUGUAACAAAUGAACCAUUCAAAUUUAAUUUUACACAACCAGAAGAUUAACAAAUAAAGAAUUUUAUAUAAAAAAAAA